AUGUUGCACCGUUGCCGCAUUCUGUGGACGGCAGAUUUUCGGACCUCGUCAAAGAUAUCUGACGAGUUCAACAAUGUUCUCAACCGCAGCGGUUGGGGGUUUGAUCACGUUGCGAUUGACAUGGGUGCCCUCGCCGGUGCGGCGGGUCGCCUUACGCGGGAUCUUAUCGGUCAGGAUCGUGAUACAGAGACCGUCAAGGUGCUGCACCGACAGGUAACAAAUGUUAUUUUGCGCCGCAUACAGCCCAAAAAGUCGCUUGCAAUCUUUAUUGAUGGUAGUGAGCCACUAUGGAAGGUUCGCCACAUGCGGCUUUAUCCAGGGAAAAAGUUUGAGGGAAAAUUUUACCGUAGUGCAGCCUCUCCAAUGGUGUACUUACUGGAGGACAAGAUGCGGCAGGUUGCAGUGGACCUGCGUACGCCACCGAAGGAGUUUGUUGUUAGUGGUGCUGGAGUUCCUGGACCUGUGGAGGGCAAAAUUUCGUCUUGGAUGCUUGAUCUUGCCUCCCGGGCUUUGCCUGAUGGCGCCGUAACGCUUUCCCCACCAUUUUUGUCUGGAACUCCGGCGGAGGUUACCUUUAAUGAUACCUUUUGCCUUAUUGGUGGGACGGAUUUGUUUCUCUCCGCUCUUGGGGCCACACCAUUCCACAACAUUACAACUAUCACACUUCAGCAAGGUGAAAUGAAGUCGCUCUCUAUGAGUGAGUCUCUUGAGUGGCUCGCGAUGGAUCACCUUUUGAAAAGCGAGACAUCCGAUAAUGGUGAUCAGGGAGUGGGGCGACAAGAACUUCGGAAGAGACUCGCAUUGGUGCGCACGGACGUUGUUUUCUUGUACCUGAUGGCAAACGGCAUCUCUGCCACAGAGCUUAGUGGACUGGGGGUCAACUUCAAGGACCUGAUGGAGGCCUAUACUGCAGAAGAGGGUACUGGGGCCCACCAGCAACAUCUUUUUGAGGAAACACCAAACGACACCUCGUUGAUGUUGUCUCCUGGGGUGCUGGAACGUGUUUUGUCUCGGGCAACCCGCAAAUCAGGUGGGACACCGAGACCAUGUCGUCAAUCCGCGGAUUAUCUUGAGGUGCUCUUGCAAACUCACGCAAUGAUAUGUAGCGGAGGAAUUAGAAAUUUUCGCUGGACACCGGAUGAUAACGACUCUGUCCCAGAAAAGCCUCCAAAGAUUCUUCUCGAACGCUUCCUUAGUCAUCUUAAAUACCUGAAUACAUUAGCUCAGGAAGAAGCAGGAGGAACACAAGGAGAUGUCGCGUCCGCCGCGAAAGCAUUAAGUACGGAGGGCCAGAGUAAGGCCCCUGUCGCGGCCGUGGCGUCUGUUGACUGGACCUUUGCUCUUACAGGUUUAGAAACCCUUCUUUUGAGUGCACCGAAGCCAGAGAUGGUUAACCAGAUUAUUCCAGUCUUUACGAAAGGGCAUGCCUUGCCUACUGGUGUUGCCGAAGACAUUGUUAACACUAAGAAUGUAAUAGAGGCGAUUGAAAAGGCACGGAGCAUUCUACAACUAGUGAGGGACGACAGCUUGGACGAAGGCGGCGUUGCUGUGAGGGAGCACCCUGCAUUGAAUCAUCAUCCAUCACAUUACUUUGUGCGCACGCCCGGUUCUCGUGGUCCUCCGCCGGGGUGGUCGUAUCAGAGCAUUAACCUGGGUGUGCGAGCGGCGGCACUUGGGGUACGGUAUCGCACUGGCAUUGGAGCAUCAACAGUGACGUCGCGUGUCUUGGAUGGUGUGGGUGUGGCGUCGAAGAACACCCUUUUUGUGUACAACACGUUCAAACAGGAUGACAGCUGGAAUGAGGAGCCAUGUGGAGAAAUUAACUCUCCUGGGCUAUUAAGGACAAUGGAAGAGCUUUCGACACUUCGUGUGGUAACAUGGAAUGUGCAAUUCAGUCGUCACAGUGGCGAGCGUACCCCGCUGGGUCGAGAAGGCAUUGAUUGGUGCACACCAACACGCUAUGUGGCGCUUGCCAAGACAUUAGAGACCCUUGAUGCAGAUGUGAUUGGGAUGCAGGAAGUGGAGCCGGCAUGGUGGAAGUACCUCUCUGAGCAGCCAUGGGUGCGGGAACGUUAUGCGCUGUCUUGUAAUGGAGAUAGCCAUGCCAUUCGUCCUUGGGGUGUGAUGCUGCUUGUAAAGCGUCAUUUGCGUGUAGAGGGAAUGCAUCAUGCAAAUGUGCCUGCUUUCUCCGGCCACACCAGUGUCAUGCCGGAAGUGACUAUUGCAAUCUCCAAAAAGGUUCCAGUGACGAUUGGGUCACUUCAUCUGCUGGCACCGUACAAUAAAAACAAUGUUAACAAUCGUACGACGCAGUUGGAAAACCUGACGAAGCGGGUGCGCACACGCUCCUCUGUUUCUGGUGUGUUUAGUGGCGCCAUCGUCAUGGGUGACUUUAAUGACUGUGCGGGUAAUUAUUUUGCAUUUCCACCCGAAAUGGGCUUUAAAGAUGCCUGGUCGCUCCUUCACCCAGAGGACGACAGCAAAGGUGAGGGAUACACCAUUGACGGCAACCGCAAUUCAUACGCGGGCCACAUCAUCGAGCGGGAGUUUUUUGGCCGCGCUGAUCGUGUGCUAUUUGCUUCCCGUCACCUGCAGCCCAUUCACACGGAGCUGGUCGGCACCACCCCUGUUCGUGAGAUGGGGAUCACGAGGCAGGUGAACUGUGACAAGGCUGUUCCUGAGUACUUGUACCCCUCUGACCACUUUGGUCUUCUUGUCGAGUUUCAGGUGGUGUGA